GAAAACAAAGCACUAAGCACGUGCGUGUGAUAGCUCAAAAAGUUCAAAACUGUUCAGUUGAUUUUGUGAAUUCGUGAUCGCUGUGAUAUUUUGUUCAUAUUUUGCAGUGCGGUUCCGCAUAUCUCUCUCAUAAAAAAAUGCCGGAUAAGAUCAGUAUAUACGACGUGGGUGAUCGAUACGAUAUGUCCGAGUCGGAAAAUGAGUAUGACGAGCAAGAAAAAAAGUUGCUCAAAAACCUCCGCACCGACAGGACCAGUCGCGCGACCGAUGACGACGACGAGGCAGUCCUCGGAUUCGAUGAGGACGACAAUUACGAUGACGACGACGAUGGUGAGUUCGAUGAUAUCCGGAAGUUUGAACACGACAGCGAUAUUGAGGACAAGGAGGACGAUGAUGAUUUGCCAGAUCGGAAGGCGUGGGGUUCCAAGGCAAGGGACUUCUACGGGGCGGAUUACGUCGAUCAGGAUUAUGACAGUUUGACGGCCCAGGAGGAGGAACGGGCCCGGCUGGAGGAGAUCGAGGCGAAGGAAAUUCAGCAACGGUUGGCCAAAGAGCUGAAUGAUGCGGACUUUUCGCUGGAUAUGUUCGUUCCGGAGCAGGAAUCGAGUGGGGAGAAAAAGACAAAGAAAAAAAAGGAAAAGACGGAGAUCAAGCUGAAGGCCGAUUUGUCGGAUCUGAGCGAUCGACAGAAGAGGGAGCUGUUCCGGAAGGAAGCACCGGAGUUUGAUGGGUUGGUGGAGGAUUUCGAGCGGAAUUUGGAAGAGUGUCACGAUGUGUUGGAACCUGUUUUGAAAUACCUGGUAGAGAGGGAUGUCAAGGAUCAUCCGUUUGUGGAGCUGCUUAGCACACGGUAUAAGCUGGGAUUGAGUUAUUGCAAUAAUAUUAGUUUCUAUCUUUUACUGAAGUCGAAGAAAAUCAAAGUCAAAAAUCAUCCGGUAGUCAAACGGUUGGUUCAGAUGAAGCAACUUUUGCUGGAGUUAGAGCAGAAAUAUGAGAAAUCGAUCAAGUCACAGGUGGAAAAGCUUUUAGGGCACAUCGCUGAUGACGAUGAAUUGGUGUUUGAAGACGAUGUUCCGGUGCCAGUGACGGAGAAACCAAAAAAGAAGUUAGCGAUGGUAGAAGAUUUGGAGCUCGGUGAAGAAUUGGAAGAUCAGUCGGACCAAGAGCAUGAAUUGGAGGAAUCAUCUUCAGAAACAGAGGAUGUACCAUCGGCAAAGAAGAUGCGAUUGGAUGUUAGUGAUUCGGAAGAGGAUCAAGAGGAUAACAAAGAGUUGGCUGAAGAAGAGGAUGCCAUGGAAGGGGAUAGCAAACGCAAGAUCACUUACCAAAUGGCCAAAAACAAGGGUCUUACCGUGCGGAAGAAGAAAGAUCAGCGAAACAUUCGGGUCAAGAACCGUCGAAAAUUCCAGAAGGCAUUGGUGCGAAGGAAAGGAGCGGUUCGAUCUGUUCGAACGGAAACGUCGCGGUAUGCCGGUGAGGCCACUGGCAUCAAGGCGUUCAUCAAGAGAAGCAUCAAAAUCAAAUAAUGGACAUACAAAGAGUCACUGAUGGGAGAGCAGCAUAUUCUCUGGAGAUGGACAAAAAUUCUGCAUCACACAAAAUCGCAUCAGAG